AUGCGUACCGAGUUUGGUGUCCUGGGGCUUGCCUCCAGCAGUUUCGUUGCUGUCACGGCCUUGUCAGCUCCCGCUGGCCACGCAUGGAAGGCCGCGGGCCUAGGCGACAGCCGUUCGCCGUGCCCGAUGCUCAACGCCAUGGCCAACCACGGAUGGCUUCCGCACGACGGCAAGAACAUUGACCUGGCCACGAUCCAGUCGGCCUUUGAGGCCGCCAUGGGCUUCUCGACCGAGUCCUUUGUCAGCAUCACGCAGUCGGCCCUCGCCGUCUCAACCACGGGCAACAGCUCGACCUUUAACCUGCAGGACACGGCGCACCACAAUGCCAUUGAGCACGACGGCUCGCUGUCGCGCAACGACGCCUUUUUCGGCGACGACCUGCACUUUAACCCUCUCAUCUGGGCCGCCACGGCUGCGCGGUACGGUAUCCGGAUCCCCUUUACUUCACCUGUCAUUACCGUGGAAACCGCUGCCAGGGCCCGCGCCGCCCGUGUCUGGGAUGCCAAGCUCAUCAACCCGGGCUUCAACUUGACGGCCGCCGGUCUUUCCGGGAGCUACGGAGAGACCAGUGUUUUCCUGACGGCCUUUUGGAACGAGACUGCUGGUGGUGUCCCCAAGGACUACGCGAGAGUACUUUUUGGUGAGUGA